AUGGUCAAGGGCAAUGCGAGCGGCGGCAUCUACAGUGCCACGUACAGUGGAAUCCCCGUCUACGAGUUCCAAUUCGGCGGCGACCUCAAGGAACAUGUCAUGCGAAGGAGGCACGAUGACUGGAUCAACGCAACCCACAUCCUAAAAGCCGCCGGCUUCGACAAGCCGGCCCGAACGAGAAUCCUCGAGAGAGACGUACAAAAGGACGUCCACGAAAAGAUCCAGGGCGGCUACGGAAAAUACCAGGGGACAUGGAUCCCCCUCGAGGCCGGCGAGGCCCUGGCACAGCGGCACAGCGUCUACGAGCGAAUACGGCCCAUCUUCCAGUUCGUCCCCGGCGACGAGAGCCCGCCUCCAGCCCCCAGGCACGCCAGCAAGCCCAAAGCACCCAAAUCCCGUCCUCCACUUCCCAAAUGGAAUUCGGGUAGGUCCAAGGCCGCCGCCGGCAUGGCACCCAGCGUCACUAACCCGGCAGCAGCCGCCAUGCCUGUCGUCGAGGAGUACGACAACAGCGAGGUCGUCAUGGGCGGCGUGGAAGAGGACACGCCCGACAACCUCACCGUGGCGUCGGCCUCGUACGUCGCCGAAGACGACCGCUACGACAUGGGCCACAUGUCGACGGGCCACCGCAAGCGCAAGAGGGAGGAGCAGUUGCAGGACCUCACGGAGCAGCAGCACGCCGUGUACGGGGACGAGCUUCUCGACUACUUCCUCCUUUCUAGAAAUGAGCAGCCGGCAGUGAAGCCCGAUCCGCCGCCCAACUUCCAGCCCAACUGGCUUAUUGAUGCCGAGAACCACACGGCCCUGCACUGGGCCUCCGCUAUGGGCGACGUGGACGUGAUCAAGCAGCUCAAGCGGUUCAACGCAGACGUGGCCGUGCGCAACAUCCGCGGCGAGACGCCCUUUAUGCGGUCCGUCAACUUCACCAACUGCUACGACAAGCAGACGUUCCCCGCCGUUAUGAAGGAGCUCUUCGAGACGGUCGACGUCAGGGACAGCCAGGGGUGCACCGUCAUCCACCACGCCGCCAUCAUGAAGAACGGGCGCGUCUACAGCCCGUCGUGCUCGCGCUACUACCUCGACAACAUCCUCAACAAGCUGCAGGAGGCGCUGGAGCCGAGCGCCUUCCAGCGGCUCAUUGACGUGCAGGACAACGACGGCAACACGGCGCUGCACCUGGCGGCGAUGCGCAACGCCAGGAAGUGCAUCCGCGCGCUGCUGGGCCGCAACGCCUCGACUGACAUUGCCAACCUCGAGGGCCUCCGCGCAGAGGACCUCAUCAUGGAGCUCAACGCGGCGAAAAAGGACCGCGCGCCCCAGCGGUCGUCGUCGCCCUUUGCGCCCGACUCGCAGCGCCGCGCCACCUUCCGCGACGCCUUCUCCUCGUCUGGCGGUGCGGGAGGCGACAGCAAGGUGCGCAAGCCCGCGCCGUCCUUCCAAUCAGCGGCGGCCACGACGGUGCACUCGCGCAUCUCCCCGCUCAUCAUGGAGAAGUUUCAGCAGCUCGCCAAGAGCUACGACGAGGAGUGGCACGAAAAGGACGUGGCCGAGGCCGAGGCGCGGCGCAUCUUGACGAAUACCCAGGCCGAGCUGAACCUCGUCCGGCAGCAAAUCACGGAGCUCGAGGCCCAGCUAGAGCCCGACGACGUGGCCGCCAAGGUCAUGAGCGAAGCCAAUCUCGUCCGGCACAACGUCCUCUCGCUCAUCACCCACCAGAACAGGCUGCAUAUCCAGCAGGCGGUGGAGAACGAGAUGAGCAAGCUGAACGGCAACGCCAGCGGCGGUGAUGGCGGUGGUGGUGACGACUCAUACGAGGAGCGGCUCGCCCUUGCGCGCCAGCUGAGCCAGAUGCUCAUGGAGCAGCGCCAGGCGGAGACGGAGUACGUCGACGCCCUAAGCAUGGUGGGCGUGGGCGACAAGAUUGAGAAGUACCGGCGCCUGCUCAAGCGCUGCCUCGACACAAAGGACGGCGAGGUCCUCGACGCCAACCUCGACAGCCUCAUUGACAUGAUGGAGGAGGAGCGCGAGGUACAUGACAUGGACGGGUCGACGACGGCAGGGGGUGAGCCCAUGGAUUUUGCGGUGAUGUGA